CGGCAAAAUUGAAAAAUGGCAGAAAUUGAAUUAAAUAAUAAGAAAUGGGGUCAUUUGAAAAAGAUCCUUGAACGUAGUGGACCCUUUGACACUGUCAAUUUCACACCAUCACCAAGUAAUCUUGAGUUUUUGAUGACAAGUUGCAAAAUCCUUGUAAUCGGAGCUGGUGGCUUGGGUUGCGAACUAUUGAAAGAUCUUGCCAUGAUGGGUUUUAAAAACAUUGACGUUAUUGACAUGGAUACUAUUGAAUUAUCCAAUUUAAAUCGUCAAUUUUUGUUUCGUCGUAAAGAUAUUGGAGCAUCUAAAGCGCAAGUAGCAGCUGAAUUUAUCAACAACAGGAUUCCUGGUACAAAAGUCACUCCACACUUUUGUAAAAUACAAGACUAUGAUGACUCUUUUUAUCAGGAUUUUCAUAUUAUUGUUAGUGGAUUAGAUUCAAUUGUCGCUAGACGUUGGAUUAAUGGAAUGUUGAUCUCAAUGUUACGCUAUGAAGACGACGGUUCCUUAGAUCAGACAUCUAUCAUUCCUUUAAUUGAUGGUGGUACAGAAGGGUUCAAAGGGAACGCUCGUGUCAUUCUUCCUGGUAUGACUGCCUGCAUAGACUGCACUUUGGAUCUUUUUCCACCUCAAAUUUCUUAUCCUUUAUGUACGAUCGCUAACACUCCCCGUUUGCCUGAACAUUGUAUUGAAUAUGUCAAGAUUAUACAAUGGGAUAAAGAGAAUCCAUUCAAAUGUGCUUUAGAUGGUGACGAUCCUGAACAUGUCACUUGGGUCUAUGAAAAAGCUCAAGAUCGUGCAAAUUGCUUUAACAUCACGGGAUUGUCAUAUCGAUUGGUUCAAGGAGUUCUUAAGCAUAUCAUUCCAGCUGUAUCAUCAACGAAUUCAGUUAUAGCUGCUGUCUGUGCUACUGAAGUGUUUAAGAUUGCAACCAGCUGUUAUGAGCCGUUGAAUAAUUAUUUGGUUUUUAAUGAUAUUGAUGGAAUUUACACGUAUAAGUAUGAAGCAGAAAAGAAAAGUGAUUGCCUUGCUUGCAGCUCAAUUCCUAAAGUUAUCUCAAUUAAUAAUCCCAGCUCAAUGACACUUCAAGAUCUUAUCGAUUAUCUUUGUGAUAGUUCCGAAUUUCAAUUGAAAAAUCCAGCUUUGACUACAAGUAUCGAUGGUAAAAAUAAAACACUUUACAUGUCAGCUGUUAAAAGUAUUGAAGAACAAACUCGAGGAAACUUAACACAAUCGUUGCAUGAACUCAAUUUAGUUGACGGUCAACAAUUAAUGGUUGCUGAUGCAACAAAUCCAAACACAAUUGUAGUAAAGUUGAAAUUCACUGCAAAUGAAGUUGAAAUCUUUUUUGUCACUGGUGCACAAGCUAAGCAUUUAAACUCCGAGGAAGCAUCACCGCAAAAUGUAAUUGAUGGAUUACAAAAGCAGCCAACGCAAACAAUUUUCUUCAAAACUUAUCCAGUUAGACGGAUGAAACCUUUAAAUUCAUUUGGAGGUUACAAAAGAAAUUUUAAACCCUCCGAACUUGACAUUUCUGACGAUGCAAUCAACGAAAUUGAAAAACGUUUCGAUGAUUAUGGACAUUUAAGGUUUGGCAAACGAGGUGGCGGUGAAGGAGAUGGGUUCGAUGACUAUGGUCACAUGCGUUUUGGAAGAUAAGUUGACAUCUCUCAUAAACAUCAAAGUGAAUGAUGAAUGGCUGUAAAUUAUUCAAUUUGAUGAACAUUUCAAAAUGACACGACACAUUCUUUAUUAUCCAUUUCGCGACCUAAUGACAUGAAAUCAGAAGUUACAUAAUAAUUGUUUAAAUGUUUGAAAUUAUUGAGAAGAGAAAGAAAAAAAGAAAUAAAUCAGUUCUGAUAUUCUCAUUUGAAUUAUUUGCAU